AUGUCCUCUGAGCCGACGGGUCCCCAGAGCCCGCCCGUGACCAUGGAGGCCAGAACGUGCUGGCUGCUGGUGUUGGUCCUGGCCUUGGUGUCCUCCAGCUCGACUGGGCAGUAUGUGGGCCUGUCGCCGAACCAGUGCAUGGUCCCAGCCAAGGACAGGGUGGACUGCGCCUACCCCAAUGUCACCCCCGAGCAGUGCAACAACCGGGGCUGCUGCUUCGACUCCAGCAUCCCCGGGGUGCCCUGGUGCUUCAAGCCCCUGCAGGAAGCAGAAUGCACCUUCUGAAGCCAUGCUGCUGCCCGACAGCUUGGGAGGGG